AUGAACACGACUGGACCUACUUCACACCCACGAACCUUCGCCUCGGCAGGGGUGCCUUAUACGCCUUCUCAGAGCGAGGAAAGAGGAACCCGAGAAAAAAAGCAGGAGCGGUCGACAGGGUUCUCGUGGGUGCACUUUAUGGCCGGAGGAGCAGGAGGGAUGGUGGGUGCGUUAGUGACUUCGCCCUUGGACGUUGUCAAGACGCGGCUCCAGUCGUCGCUCUACAAGGAUGCUCUCGGUCUAGGCACAGGGACACAUACAAGGUCCUGUGUGAGCCCAACUACAGCUGCUGUCGCUAAUGCAGGUGGUGCUCGUGCAGUGGUGGCAUCUGCACGUUUUGGGGUAACGUCUGUGAUUGUUCAUGUUCGAGAUACCUUUCGGCUCUUUGGGCAUAUCUACACGAAUGAGGGUCCGAGGGCGCUAUACAAGGGGUUGGGACCUAAUUUGGUCGGUGUCAUUCCAGCAAGGGCAAUCAACUUUGCAGCGUAUGGGAAUGGAAAAAAAUUCUUUGCAGAGUUGAAUCAUGGCAACGAGAAUGCAAUUGUCCACCUUGCCGCCGCCGCCAAUGCAGGAGUGAUGACGGCUACGAUGACGAAUCCGAUUUGGAUGGUUAAGACGAGGAUGCAAUUACAGAGUGAGGGUAACAAGCGGAUAUACAGGAACAGCUUCCACUGCGUGGUCGAGAUUCUUCGGACAGAGGGGCUUCGCGGGCUGUACAAGGGCCUGAGUGCGUCGUACCUCGGUGUGGCAGAGGGAACCAUCCAAUGGGUUAUCUAUGAGAAUCUCAAGACUCGCUUUUCAGAGCGGCGGCGGGCCGACCAAGUGUCUUUGGAGUUGAGAACUAGUGCUUCGACGAGUCAUCAGAAGAGUCAGAGGACAUUGGUUGGAGGGAAGGGGAUGGAGGAAUGGGUGGAUUACUUGGGAGCUGCCGGGAUAGCCAAAUUUAUCGCCAGUGCGAUCACAUAUCCGCAUGAGGUGUUGAGGACGCGAAUGCGCCAGACGCCUGGGAGGGGGGAGGAUGUGAGAUACACGGGGCUGAGACAGACGUUUGGGUUGAUUUUGAAGGAGGAAGGUGCGGGUGCGUUGUAUGGGGGGUUGACGGCACAUAUGUUGCGGGUUGUCCCGAAUGCUGCGAUCAUGUUCUUUUGUUAUGAGGCCAUCUUGCAUCGUUAUUCGUAG